CAAUUAUUGGCAGCAAACAAUAUGUUUAAACAACACAUUGUCAAAGUACAAAUAUUUUUUAAUGUGUUUAUGUGACUUAAAAGCAUAAUUGUAAUAAUAUAUUUAAAGAAAUCAUGAAAUAUUAUUUUUAGAAGUAUACAGAAAUAAGAAAUGAGCUUGCUGCUAACAAACGACAGUUGAAACUUUUUUUUUUCUUAUCAGAAGAGAAUAGCGCCACGGAUUGAAGCGCUCCGAGCGGCAUUUAGUUUAAGUAUGGAGGCUGUUGGUUGUUGUUAGUUAAAUGAGAUCGCGUCGAGUGUGUAAUCGAAUCAAUUGUGGGGGGUGUUUGAUUAUUGUAUUUUCGAAUAUAGUUUGCUUAAAAUAGUGAAAGUGUCACAGAGUGUUGCCACGGAUGAGGAUGUCAACGGCGCUCUGUAACGGGGCCGAUAAAGGCAAGAAGGAUGAACCUAAAGCGGCUGGCGGGGGAUUCCUAGUCAACAUGGUGCCCACUCAGUUCGAGGGAAUUGUCAAAUUGGACCCUAAGAUGAAGGGGCCUGAAUCCGACUUGGAGCCCAAGGAUGGUGAACUCGAAGAAAAUUCAAAUGAAGAAAUGACAAACAUGAAAGAACUUCUUCUCAUUCACCUCGACUUUAUUCAGCUUCAGUCUGAACAGCUGCAGAAAAGGGACAAAUUGAUAGAAGACUUGAAGAAUGAAAAUGAAAUGCUCAAGCAACGAAUUGCUCGGAUGGAAAGGAGAGUUUCAUUACAACGCUCAAAUACCACCGAUAAGAGGCAUCAGCAGAAUUCAGAGGUCCCAGAAACCGGAAGGAAGAGGCGUACACAAGAUGCAACACCAUCGGGGCCGAGCGGUUCAGCUGGUAAAAAGGCAUUUACUGAAACUCAACAGAAGCGCCUUAAAGUUAUUAACAGACAAUCAAAACUUGAUGGUCUUAAGAUGAUGAAUGAAAAAAAAAUAGACUUAAGUGACAAGCUUACUACAGAUAAACUAUAUUAUACUGGUGUCGGUGAUUCUGAUGUUAAAAUGCUUGGUGAUGUUCUCAAUAAUAAUCCCAAAUCAAAAGUCUGUCUUGAGGUCCCUCAAUGGCGGAUAAAGCCUCUCACCUCAACGUACACAAUGGAGGGAACUGAGAACUUGUCUGAUGAUGUAUUCGAUAGAAGACACUACAAGUUGAUGGUGGAUGAGAAGAAAAGAAAAAGAUGGGAUGUGCAGAGAAUUCGUGAACAGAGACAAAUUGAAAAGCAUAGAUCUAGAGAAAAUGCUGGGAAUAACAACGACCAAGCGAGUUCCAGGUCGUUGUGGCCCCAGGCUGGAGAAGGCCUCCAGCUUGCGAUGACACCUAUCUUGCCUGUAUCUGUCUUUGGCAUCAAUUUGCCUGUCGUAACUGAGCAUCAUGAUUUUACUCUUCCUUGGAAAGAGGGAACUAGGAGUAGCAGGCGUAGGACAAAACGGUGACCUAUAGCUGAAGAUGGUCAGAGAGGAGCUUUCUGUGCUGAGAGAGGUGGACGAUUAUAACUAUAUUUAUUUAUUCUACCUAAAGGAAGGGACGUCUGUUUUUACUGUUUUGUUGUCUUAAAUUUAUAGCUACAAAAUUCAUCUGUUUUGAUAUUAACAAACAUAGUAAAAGAAAAAAAAAUUGUUUAACUUUAAUAAAUUAAGUAUGGUUUGAGAGUUGGAAUUGAC